AUGAAUGAAUUACUAAAGAGAUUAGAGGAGAAUGUAUCUCCAAUACCAUUUCUUAAAAAAGAUGAUACUACAAAUGAAAGUACAGAUUCAAAUAGAUUGUCUAUUUUGAAUAACAAUGAUUUGAAAAGUGAUUUAUAUGAUUCUUUUAGUUUGGUUGGUGGUAUUGAUUAUUUGGCAGAUCAAUUUAUCAGUCAGCAUCAACAAGAUAUUCUAAAUAAAACCCAAGAGAAUAUCGAUCAAAGUCAUGAAUUCAAUACAAAGAGACAACAUUUAGAGCUAAAUGAAGAUCAACAAAACAACAACAACACCACCUUGGAGCAUGAUUUGACACCAGAUGAAGUUGAAUAUAUUUUGAAUUUGAAUCAAAUGGUCAGUAGCUUUCAAACAUCAAUGGAGAAGGUUGUCCAAGAAUUUAGAUCAGAGAUUGAAAAGGGUCUUGAUGAGUAUUGCAAGAGUAACUAUGAGGAAAUUCAGAUUACAUCAGAUUCACUGAGACAGUUGAUCGAAACCAUGAAACAGAAAUUGAAACAAAACAAUAGAAUUCGAGAUAAGAUAUUAUCUUUUAGAGAGGAGAUCAAAUCAUUAUAUCAAAUGGUGUGUAAUAGUCAACAACAACAACAACAACAUGAAGAACAACAAUGA